AUGUCUGGUCGCCAAGGUGGUAAGUUGAAGCCACUCAAAUCCAAGAAGAAGUCCCAGCAGGAUUUAGACCCUGAAGAAGCCGCCUUCAAAGAGAAACAGAAGGCUGACGCCGCUGCCAAGAAGGCUUUGUUGGACGGCAUGAAAGGUGGCAAGAACUUGGUCAGUGGUGGUAUCAAGAAAUCCGGCAAGAAAUAA